CUCUAAUUCAAACCCUCUCUCACACUCGUUUUGCUCUAACAUUUUUCUCUGCAGACGCUACAAACCCUAACCCUAUUUCGCCGCAAGAACUCAGCUUUUCCGAUAGGCUCCAGCUGAGUUAAGUAGCAAAAAUGGGAGAGAACAAGGAGAACGAUGCUUACGAGGAAGAGCUUCUCGACUACGAAGAAGAUGAUGAGAAGGCCCCCGAUUCCGUCAACGGAAAAGUUAACGGCGAGUCCGCCAAGAAGGGUUAUGUUGGAAUUCACAGCUCUGGAUUCAGAGACUUCCUUUUAAAGCCAGAGCUACUGAGGGCUAUUGUGGAUUCAGGGUUUGAGCAUCCCUCUGAAGUGCAACAUGAGUGUAUUCCACAAGCUAUUCUGGGUAUGGAUGUUAUUUGUCAAGCCAAAUCUGGAAUGGGCAAAACGGCUGUUUUUGUUCUUUCGACUCUGCAACAGAUUGAACCUGUUGCUGGUCAGGUUGCUGCCUUGGUUCUAUGUCAUACAAGGGAAUUAGCUUAUCAGAUCUGUCAUGAAUUCGAAAGGUUUAGUACAUAUUUGCCCGAUAUCAAGGUUGCUGUUUUCUAUGGUGGUGUGAACAUCAAACUUCACAAGGAGCUUCUGAAGAAUGAAUGCCCUCACAUUGUUGUUGGAACUCCUGGGAGAGUACUUUCAUUGGCUAGAGAUAAGGACCUAUCUCUAAGGAAUGUGAGGCAUUUUGUUCUGGAUGAAUGCGAUAAGAUGCUUGAAUCACUUGACAUGAGGAGAGAUGUGCAGGAAAUUUUCAAGAUGACUCCCCAUGACAAGCAAGUAAUGAUGUUUUCAGCAACACUCAGCAAGGAGAUCCGCCCAGUUUGCAAAAAAUUUAUGCAAGAUCCUAUGGAAAUUUAUGUUGACGAUGAGGCCAAGUUGACCCUUCAUGGACUUGUACAGCACUACAUUAAAUUGAGCGAAACCGAGAAAAACCGGAAACUAAAUGAUCUGCUGGACGCCUUGGACUUCAACCAAGUUGUUAUAUUUGUCAAGAGUGUAAAUCGGGCAGCACAGCUGGAUAAAUUACUAGUGGAGUGUAAUUUUCCAUCUAUCUGCAUCCACUCUGGCAUGACGCAGGAAGAAAGAUUGACUCGCUACAAGGGUUUCAAGGAGGGUCACAAGAGAAUUCUUGUCGCAACUGAUCUGGUUGGUAGGGGCAUUGACAUCGAAAGGGUCAACAUUGUUAUUAACUAUGACAUGCCAGAUUCUGCAGACACUUAUCUUCACAGAGUGGGUCGAGCUGGUAGGUUUGGAACUAAAGGCCUUGCCAUCACAUUUGUGUCAUCUGCAUCAGAUUCUGAUGUUCUAAAUCAGGUUCAAGAAAGGUUUGAAGUAGACAUAAAAGAGCUUCCUGAGCAGAUUGAUACUUCUACAUACAUGCCAUCUUAGCGAUCUCGAGAGCUUCCAGCAAUAUCAAGUCAUUUCGGCUAAAAGAUGGGGGGAACUGACAGGUGUUUUGCUAUUGUUGUUAAUUUGAAGAAUUGGUGGCCUCCUACUAUAUGCUCUUGCACUGCUGAGCUGCUGUACCCUUGUUGAACUACUCUUUUCUCCUCAGUUAAGAGGAGCACUACAAUGUCUCUGUUUUUAUUUUUUUAAGCGCUAUAACUUAUUCCCAAUGAAUUUUAUUAUGCUUAGUUGCUGAAUCAUAUUAAUGUUAGCUGGUACUUUAACAUGCAUAAUAUUUGGUUAAUUCGAGUUUCUGGAGCUAUUUUCCUGA